AAUUUUCCCAACAAAAUUAGUCCUUCGAUUGUCGGAAACAGACAAUUCUUAGAACCAUACUUGAUCCUUGACAAACUUAGUAUCUGAAGUGAGGAAACCCCUCUAAACUUCCCUACAACCAUACUUGAUCCUUGCAGAGAAACCGCGGUUCCUCAAAAAGCAGCGGUCAACGUCGGUGGCCAUGGCUCGGGCAAGUGGUCGGAGCAGGAAUGGGAGCGAUUCCUCGGGGGGAGGGUUUCUUAAGGCGACCUUCAGAUUCUUGAAGAUGGCGGAGUUUGAGAUCCUUUUCGUUCUCUUCUUCAUCGUAGCUUUUAUUGUCUUCAAAGAUCUUACAUCAAGACCAGAGUACAAUCAAAUACUUGUAAAGAAGCCUGAGGGAUUUGAUAUGUGGCCGUUCCAGUAAAUUCUCGACUUUCCAUUCAUGUGAUCCGAUUCAAUACUCACUAUCAAACUUUCUAAGUUUGUAUCUUUUAUGUAAAAAUAACCAUUGACAUGUUGUCUUCUUUUUGGUUGUUGAUUUUUUUCCGUAAGUUGAGGGAUGUAAAAAUGUUCAUUUACAUGUUGACAGAUUUAUUGAUGUUAUCGUAAGUAGAAAGAUAUAAAAAUGUUCAUCAACGUGUUGAUAUUUUUGUUUUA